UCGGAUCCCCGGGGGAUGCGGGAAGCGGCGCGUCCCGGGCUCUGCGCGCUCCCGCUCCGCUCGGGGGCGGAAUCAGCGCCGAGAGCGGGAUGGGAGGAGGAAGGGAAACUCCGGGGGAGGGACGGAGAGCUCCGGGAGAGCUCCGGGAGGGCUCCGGGAGAGCUCCGGGAGGCCUCCUCAGGAGGGAUCGGCUCCCGCUGGAUAUUGGUGUGGAACGAGACCGGGCUGCGGGACGGGAGGAUUGGGGUGCGGGGAAGGACUGGGAUUCAGAGGUGCAGGAUUGGGAUUCAGCGGAUCCCGCAGCUCCGGGGCUCCUCCGGAAGGAUGUUCCACCGGUCGGGCUGCAGGAGGAGCUUCCCCAGGGAGCCUGCCCCGUGGUGGGAUGGACCGUGGCCACAUCCCCCUGCUGGCCCUGAGGACACCUGGGAUGAACCACCUUGGGAUGGGCCACCUCAGGAUGGGCCAACCUGGGAUGCACCAGCCUGGGAUGAACCACCUCGGGAUGGGCCACCUCGGGAUGGGCCAGCCUGGGAUGAACCACCUCGGGAUGGGCCACCUCGGGAUGGGCCAGCCUGGGAUGGAUCACCCAGGCAUGGACCACCUCAGGAUGGGCCACCCAAGCAUGGGCCAGUCCAGGAUGCACCAGCCCGGGAUGGGCCACCUCGGGAUGGGCCACCCAGGCAUGGACCACCCAGGCAUGAACCACCCAGGCAUGGGCCACCUCGGGAUGGGCCACCUCAGGAUGGGCCAGCCUGGGAUGGACCACCCAGGCAUGAACCACCUCGGGAUGGGCCACCCAGGCAUGGGCCAGCCUGGCAUGAACCAGCCUGGGAUGAACCACCCAGGCAUGGGCCAGCCCGGGAUGGGCCACCUCGGGAUGAACCAGCCUGGGAUGGACCACCCAGGCAUGAACCACCUCGGGAUGGGCCACCCAGGCAUGGGCCACCUCAGGAUGGACCACCCAGGCAUGGGCCACCUCGGGAUGGGCCACCCAGGCAUGGGCCAGCCUGGGAUGGACCACCCAGGCAUGGGCCACCCAGGCAUGGGCCACCCAGGCAUGGGCCACCUCGGGAUGGGCCACCCAGGCAUGGGCCACCUCGGGAUGAAGCAGCCUGGAAUGGGCCAGCCUGGGAGCAGCAGCCCAGCAGACGCCAGUGCAGGAGGCACCCGCCCAGCCCCAGGGCCCCCAGAGCGUUCCGUGGCCCUGGGGACAUCUCCUGGAAGGAGGAGGAGCGGGACAGGAGGUGGGCACCCCCCGAGUGUCCCCUGCCGCCGCCCUGGGAUGACAGAGCAGCCAUGCCAGGAGCCGAGGGUGACUUUGGAGAGUGCUGGUACCAGGAUCCACCUCCUGACCCCUGGCCCGAGUACCCCGAGGAGGAGCAGCCCCAGCCCUGGCCCCCCUCCGGCCCUGCAGGGAAUCCGGGGAAUUUCCACCAACACCGCCCGCCCUGGAGCCACCACCCGGCCGGGACACGACGGAGCCACCCCCGGCAGCUGCUCCUGGUGCCCCGGGCGAGGUGUCCCCGACCCUCCCGAGGGCACAAGCCACGCUCCAAGCCCUCCUGUCCUGCCCCCUCCAGGAGGAGCCAGCCCGGGGCCAGGAAGGAGCCGCAGCCCCCGGAGCCUCCCCAGGCCCCUGCUCCUCCCCCAGGAGCUGCCGAGAGGCGGGAGCAGCCGCAGGUGAGGGGUUUUACCUGUCCCCUCCCAUCCCACAGCAGGGCUGCGCUCACCCCGAGCCCUGCACGCUGCCCUGGUUCCCUCCAGGAUGUGCCAGUGGGGACUGGGAAUGUUCUGGAGCCGCCCAGCCCAGCCAGGAGCCCUCUGGAGAGCCCAGCUGCUGAUGCUGGUGCUGCAGAGCUGCAGGUGAAGCUGGAAGCUGGGCAGAGCCCUGUGGGCAGCCAGGAUCAGGAUCCCUGUGCCCCAGGAACAGAUCCAGCCCCUCCAGAGGAGACCUCCAGGAAUCCUGAGAUCCAGGAGCACCUUGAGGUGGAGCCGUGCAGCGUCCCCAAGGCUGGCAGCGGUCACGGGUCCCAUCCCCAGAGCCCAGCAGCCCCUCCAGACCCUGCCAAGAGGGAAAUCCUGGAAAUCUCCAGCUGCUCUGGAGAGGCAGGGGCUGAGCUCAGCCCACACUCCUGGGAACAGCCGCCCUGUGGGGCUGGAGAAGCUGAGGCAGAAGCUGCCCAGGCUGGGCCUCUGCAGAGCCUUCAGCCUCCUGAAAACCCUCAGCUUCCUCCAGGAUCUGCAGCAGAACCCAAAGCUCAGCCCAGCCAAGCUUCUCCGGGUGCCUGCACCACACCAGUGACCUCCCCACAGCCCCAGCACCCACCUGGGGCUGGUGACACCAAUCUGGCUGUGUGUGGCCAGCAGCAGCUCUGCUCAGAGCCCCCCACACCAUCCCCAGCUGACCUCGACUCCCGCUUGGCUGCUGUCCUCAGGAGGAAGGCAAAGAUCGAGCUGUCGUACCAGCAGUUCAGCCUGAGCAUUGCUGUGGUGGCCACGAUGCUGCUGCACAAGGAGCCCUCGAUGGAGGCGGCGCUGGGGGUGGCACUCAGGGCCAACCUGCGCCAGGGCUGCCUGCACCACCUGCAGCAGCUGGAGGAGUUCAUUGACAGCCUGGACUCCAUGGGCUCCCCCAGCCUCUGAUGGCAGCCACCCCCUCCUGCCCUGGGACAGGGCUGGGACAGCGCCCUGGGGUGCUCAGGAGGGUGCUGAGCCUGCAGGAUGAGCUGGGAGGUGUUGGCAGCCCCCUUGGAGAAGGGAGGGUGAGCGGGAUGUGUUUGGUUUCAGCCCUGCCCAAAGCCCCGAGGGCAGCAAAAGUGUCACUGGUUUACCUGGAGGGAGGGCAGCAGUGCCUGUCCUCCUUUCCUCAUUGCCAGGAAUGUGUCCCCAAACCCCAGCGAGUGUUUUUGGGUUUAAAUCUGCAAAUAAAGCGUGUUCUUUUUGCA